AUGAAUUCCAGAAUAUUUGAUUGUGCCCAGACGAAUAAUAGCGAGAGGAUGGAAAUUCUGCUCGGAACCGAUGAAAAGAAGAGGAAAAUUCUUGCCAAUGGAAGAAAUAAGAAGAAUUUGACUCCGCUGCAUAUUGCUUGUGAUUGGAAUGCUGCUCAGUGUGUAAGAGUCUUGUUGGAGGCUGGUGCUAAUCGUGAGGCUGUUGAUGAUCAUGGAAGAAAUGCCUUCUCAUUUGCAAAGAGAGGUGGAUUUAUUGAAAUUAUCAACAUGUUGGAAACUUACUACCCGAAUGGUAGUUUGAUCAAUGAAAAGAUUGGAAAUAAGGGUGGUGCUUCGUCUUCCUCUGCAUCAGCAUCAUCAUCAUCAGAUGUGAAGGAAAAUAAUGCAAAGAUUAGUGAUUUAACAAUGAAUAUUGUGCAAGCAUCAUCAAAUCCAAUUAAGGAAAACAGUCAAGAGAAGGAGGUGAGAUUUGAAGCUCCUCUUAAAAGAACUGCUUCUUAUUUUUCAAAGAGUUCAAAGGUGCCAAAAAUGGAAGAUGAUGAAUCUGUGAGCAGUGCUGGCUAUUCACAAUCAGAUGAUGAAUUAGAUAGUCCAAUAGUCAGUUCUAGAAUUCAAUGGGUUUCGACUGAGAAACGUAAACAAAGACCAAAAUCAAAUCCAAACAAGAUAUCACCAAUAUCAAGAGUUAGACCAGUAACAAACCAAGUAUCAAAGAAUACAGGAAGCGAAACAAAGUCAUGUGCAACAACAUUUGAUAUUAUCAAAACAAAACCAAUCAGUAAGAAGGAAACUAAACUUGUCACUGAGAGUAAGGACUUUGAUGAGAAUGAAAAACAAGUUCUUCUCAAUAUGAAACGUCAAUAUUUCAAGAUUAACUUACAAGGAGCCGAAUAUACUAUUCAUGCAAGACUAUUACAAAAUGAUUCUGAAAAGAAAGUGAUAUGUUGUCAUGGAUUUUCAUACUGCCAGUCUGGUUAUCAAUGGAUCAAGUUGGCUGCAGCUCUUCAUCAACGUGGAUGGGAUGUCAUAUUAUUGGAUUUACCAGGCUUUGGAAAGAGUUCUGGCGCUACUCAUCAAACAAGAAUUUGGAAAAAUGAUGGACCUGAUAUUGUGAAAACUAUUUUGGAAGGUUUGUCUUUACCAAGGAUAUGUGUUAUUGGAAGAUGUGGAGGAGCUGCAACACUCAUGAGAACAUUUGUAAAAUAUCCUCAUCUAUUUCACAAACGAUUUUUGACCCACAACUCAGUCAUUGGUGAAUGGCCACUUCAAUUCGACAAUCUCCUCCAGAAAACCAAAACAAAACUCAUGGUGACAUGGUGUGCAGAUCCUGAUCACUCUAAAAUGUGUGUCGCCUACAAGCAUUUGAACUUUUUGAGAAAGACCAAUUUUGAAAAUGUUAAAUUCAUGGAUAUAGACCUCAACUUUUUAGGUAGUGGAAAUGGAUAUGUUGAAGGGAUAACUAGAACUAAUUUUGUAAAUUACAACAUUCCAAGUCCAGAAUAUCUAAAGAUGGCUAUAACCCACUUGGAAGAAGCUUAUGCACCAUAA